AAAAACUCGGUCUUUCUCCCUUCAAUCCCCACACCCAGCCACAGAUUGAUUGAUACCAAUUACCAUCAAAAAACAUUGAUCUCUUCAGAGACAGUGGAAGACAUAAAUCUCAUCGCUUUAUUUUUAUAUACGAAUCGAAUUCCAAGAUCGGGUCUCUGCAACGCUCUUCUUUUUUGGAUUCUCUUCUUCUUCUGUCGCUCUGUCUCUCUUUUGUUUAAGUUGCCCGUAAACAUGUCGAAUUCGCCUGAGUAUUCAGAAUCUUCAGGCCAGAAGCCGGGGAAGCUCUCGGACAAGCCAAGCUUCUCUCAGAAGUGUAGUUUGCUCAGUCAGUACCUCAAGGAGAAAGGUAGUUUUGGAGAUCUAAGUUUGGGCAUGACAUGCAACAUCGAAGCAAAUGGCAUGCACGACGUUCUGCAUCCUGCCGCUACAAAAACCAUGAGUUUGUUUCCGGUUAUUGAGAAACCAGCUGAGGUUUCCUGCAGAAACAUGGCGACGGCUCCUCGAAACCUGAAAUCUAUGGAUUUAUUCCCUCAACAAACUGGGUUUGCUUCCUCUGAUUCUUCUAGUGUAAGCAAGUCCGUGACUCCUGAACCUCAAACUGCUCAAAUGACUAUCUUUUAUGGUGGACAAGUGCUUGUGUUUAAUGAUUUUCCGGCUGAAAAAGCCAACGAAAUCAUGCUCCUAGCAAGCAAGGGAAGCAGCCAAAGCUACACAGCUUUUACUUCUAAUCCGGCUCAGACCCGACUUGUCUCUCCUCGAAAUUUAACCAAGAAUCCAACCGAAUCUAGGAGUUCUCUUCCUCCUACCCCGACUGUACUUCCAAGUUUUGGCAACAAUAUAACCGAAGAAGCCAUCAAAACUUCCACAGCUCCGGUUGGUUGUGAGCUUCCUAUUGCAAGGAGGGCCUCACUCCACAGGUUCUUGGAGAAGAGAAAAGACAGGAUUACUGCAAAAGCACCAUACCAGACUGGUAACCCAGCAAAUGGCUCUUCAAAACCAGCCGAAGGCAAGAUAUGGUUGGGUUUGGCGGCUCAAUCACCAUUGUUACAGUAGAUAAAAGCUUAAGAAUAUUGUUUUUUUUUUUUUUUUUUUUUUUCCCUUUUUUGGGUCUGCUACAAUUUAGAGACUGCAUGUUUUUGUUAUUCCUCCUUUUUUGCCUUCCUCGUUAUUUAUGGGGGUGGUUGAGGGUUACUGCUACUCUGGCUGGCUGUAUCUGCUAGCUGUAUUUGGUUCCUUCAGGAGCUCAACUUAGAGCAAACUUCUUCUUAUAAACAGAUCUCACUUUUAGUUUAUGUAAUUAAAAAUUUUCAGAAAAAAAAUUUAGUUAAUGAGAUAAAACAUUUCAUGAAUUA